AUGUUCUUAAAUGUUAUUUUUUCAAAAAAGAAUUCUAGCAAAGUUAGAUUAUUAAUAAAUCAUGAAUUUCCUCAAUUUCUUGUUUUGCAAAAAGGGAUAAUAAAAAAGGAUGCAAAUAAUAAUUGCAAAAUGAAUAUGGAUUGUAGUCAGAAUGAUGGUGGUUACAGUCAAAAUCAAAUUAAAGAAUUUGAUCAUGGACAACUAGCAUUUAAUUAA